AUGACACCUUUUGAAGCAUUGUAUGGUAGAAAGUGUGGAACUCCUUUGUGUUGGAAGGAGUUGGAUGAGAGACGAGUUUUUGGACUGGAUUUAGUUAAUGAGACUGAGGAGAAGGAAAAGUUGAUUUAUGAUUGUUUGAAAGCAGCUCUAGUUAGGCAAAAAUCGUAUGCAAAUUUGAAGCAUCGAGAUAUCAAAUUUGAAGUUGGUGAAAGGGUAUUUUUGAAGGUUUCACAGUGGAAAAAAGUUGUAAGAUUUGGUAGAAAGGGUAAGUUGAGUCCAAGAUAUAUUGGAACUUAUGAAGUUGUUGAGAGGAUUGGUUUAAUAGCUUAUAGUCUCAAGUUACCUUCGGAAAUUGAGCUAAUCCAUGAUGUUUUCCAUGAGUCUAUAUUAAGGAAGUAUCGUUCAAAUGCUUCGUAUAUUUUGCUAGUUGAAGAAAUUGAAGUCCGUGAUGAUCUUUCUUAUGUGGAAGAAUCAGUAGAGACUUUAGAUCAUGAAGUGAAAGUGUUGCGACACAAAAAAGUUUCGUUGGUUAAAUUUUUGUGGUGCAACCACAAAGUGGAAGAGGAUACUUGGGAAACCGAGGAAGUGAUGAAGCAACAAUAUCCUUAUCUAUUUAGCUCAGGCAAUUUCGAGGACGACAUUCUUUUUAGAGGGGGAGAAUUAUAA